CGUAAUUACUUCUGUACUUUCUCUGAAGCACAACGCAACUUCCUUCUGCUGGCGCUUGUUGCUGAGACUAAUACUGUUGCUACCGCGUUGUUCAAAUUCGAUUUAUAAUAUUAUUGGGUGCUAUCGAGCUGCCGACGAAAAAUGAAUUCAUCAAUGCUUAGGAGAGGAGUCCUCCAAUGGGGACGACGACAAAUCGGAGUUGGUCACCAAUCCACAAUUUCCGCGACAGUAGCUGCGGCGUCCAGCCACCUCAACCAGCGUGCACCCGCCGCCGCCUCGAGUGUGCUUCGGGCGUGGUUUUCCAGUUAUCCUUCCCACGAGGUUGUCGGUCUGCCCGCUCUUUCACCGGUAGGUAACGAGGCCUGGUCCCAAAGAUGUCUCGAUUGGUCGGACGAUGUUGAGCGGUUUGUUUUCCGUUUUCGCUGCUCGCUCGUUGUGCAUCUGCUACGAACCGUUGUAUUGUAGCAUUUUUCAAAGGCACUCAUAUCAUUUCUUGGUCAUUCGUGUUCGAAUGAAUGGAUGCGCUCUUCUCAAAAAAAUUUAUUGUUUCGUGCAGACAAUGGAGACGGGAACUAUUGCCAGUUGGAACAUGGAGGAAGGUGAGAGUUUUGGACCCGGGGAUAUCAUCUGUAGUGUAGAAACGGACAAGGCGACCGUAGACUUCGAGGCGCAAGAUGACGGUGUCUUGGCCAAAAUCCUGGUGCAGUCUGGAUCGGAUGAACUAGAGGUAGGUACACCGAUUUUGAUCACGGUCGAGGAACCGGAGGACGCCGCGGCCUUUAAGGACUACGUUUUGGAAGAGUCGGCACCUGCUGCCGCUGCACCUGCCCCCGCUGCCGAAGCGCCAUCAGCUCCGGCACCAGCCGCCCCCGCCGCUCCCGUGGCAGCCCCCGUUGCAGUCCCACCGGUCGCCGCAAGCGGAGGCAAGGUGGUCGCAUCUCCCCUUGCUCACAUGAUUUCCAAGGAGCUUGGAUACGACAUCUCGACGAUCCCCGGCACCGGACCCGAUGGCCGCAUUAUUGCUGCCGAUGUGCGCGAGUUUGUGCCUUCCGCAGCGACAGAGGCGGAGGGAUUGGCUACACCCGCGCCGGCCCAGGAAGCAAUGGCAGCGGCAGCCCCCAUUGCCGGAGCAGGAUUCACGGACUAUCCGCUUUCCGAAUCUUCGAAGGAAGUUGCCAAUCGCUUGGCGCAGUCAAAACGCAACGUGCCGCACUAUUAUUUGACCGUUGAUAUUUGUAUGGACGAAGUACUCAAACUCCGAAAAGAAUUGUCGGGAGCAGUUGACGACGAAGAAGGACUGGGAGUAUACGAAUUUAUUAUCAAGGCCGCUGCCAAGUCCAUGAAGGCCGUUCCCGCUGCAAACGCAAGCUGGAUGGAUAGCGCGGUAAGGGUGUACGAUUCUGUUGAUAUGAACGUAGUUGUUGGAACAGGGGAUAACUUGUACACUCCGGUGAUCCGGGAUUGUGGAUCGAAGGGUCUCAAAUCCAUUUCUGACGAACUAAGUGCCGCCAUGUCCGCCGUAGAAAGCGGAGAGGUAACUUCUGAGUUCGGAACGGUUGGAACUUUCACGAUCAUGAACCUCGGCAUGUACGGCAUCAAGUCAUGUGCGCCCAUCAUCCGCGAGCCACAAGCGUGUGCCUUGGCACUGGGCGCCAUGGAAAAUAGAAUUGUUCCCAACGACGAUCCCGACAGCGAAGAGAUUUACAAGGAGAGCGUUUACCUGACGGCGACCAUGAGCUUAGACCAUCGCGUCGUUGAUGGAGCUGCCGGAGCUCCAUGGUUGAGCGCCUUCAAAUCCUACUUGCAGAGCCCCUCAUCGCUUUUGCUGUAGAGAAAUACAUCGCAUCGGUUCCUCCUUUCAUGACAAUUGAUGUGAUGCAACAAUAACCAAUGACACAAUAGUAAUGAAUACAAUUUGUAUUAGCAUCACGUCGUGUUUGAUAGAAUGCUGCUAGAAAAAAUAGUCACAGGAGAGAGAAGAGUCAAAUGUUUUGACCCUUGUUUUCAAUCUUGGAGGCUGCGAAGGGCUCUGUGCACUAAAUAUAGAAUUACCAC